AUGGACGUAGUUUUUGUGCACGACCCAGUACCGUCAGAUCGCUUGAAUCCCAAGAGAGCUCCGUUCGAUCGGCUUCCUCAAGAGAUCCUCGCCGUCAUCUUGCGCCACGUGGCGUCAUCCGGCAGGUCCUUUCAGCACGCCUUGGUGUGUAAGCGAUGGCAUCGCGCGGCGUGCCUCGCGCAGUCAUCAGUCCACUUGAAACAUUUUCAAUCCGUCUCCUCUUCGCGCCUCCUCCUCGCGCUCUCCCGCUUUCCCCGCCUCACCCACCUCCAUAUCGACCAAAACGGAGUAGACUCCUUAGACGACGAAUUCCUGACAAGACUCGCUGAAGGUGCUUGUAACGCGUAUGACAAUCGCGAGGAGAGCGGAUUUUCACCAUAUAAUGAGGACGAGACUAAGGAAACGGAGGAAGGGGUGGAGGAGGAGGAGAGUCACGAAGAGCGAUUUGGAGCCAUUGGCGCUGGGCGGAGCUUAGGACUGGACGGCACUGGUAGUAAUAGAGUGGGCGGCACUGGUGGUGCAGUGGGCGGAAUCAGCUCGUCACAGGAAAGAACGACCAUCGCUGGAAAGGUCAUUCGCCACACAACCGCAAGCCCUGCAGCCACAUCUGCGCUCCUACUGGCAGCCGCCGUACCACGCUCCUCACUCCCUCCCGAAUCUCCUUCGCUGCUCCCAACUCCCCAUCCUCCUCACUCCCGCCAGUCCCCCCGCCCUCCGCAGCACACCCAGCCGCGCACCUCCCCUCUGCGCUCUCUCUACCUCGCGGAGGGCAAUCGCUCCUGGCAGCGCAUCACAGCAGCGGGUCUAAACUCCCUUUUCCUCCACUGUCGCCUGUUGCGAUCGCUCUUUCUGCACUCACAUCCUCUCAGCUUUGAAGUCACUGCCCUCCCCCCCUCUAUAGUCACACUGCGUGCUCUCACAUCCCUGGAGAUUGUCAUUUCCUGCCUUACGAGCCUGCCGGAUGAUUUCGGCUCACUUACCGCCUUGAAAGUGCUUCGGCUGGAAAGCUCCAGUCUUAGUUCUCUGCCCGACAGUCUCGGGCAGCUUAGCUGUCUCACCUGCCUCACCAUCGAAAGCUGUUCUUUGCAGCACCUGCCCGAGUCUCUGGGCAACCUUCGUUCCUUAACCUCUCUUCGCCUCUCGAACAACUGCGAUGCCCUCCUCUCGCUGCCAGACUCCCUCUUCACCCUGCCUUCCCUAUCCUUCCUUCUCAUUGGCUGCCGUGGCCUGCCCGCACUACCAGCCAAAAUCUCCCACUUUUCCGUUUUGGAACAUCUGGAGCUGAGUUCUUGUGAGAGGAUCACCUUCCUUCCAGAAUCAUUAUGCCAGCUGCCCUCUCUAAAUGACCUCAAAAUCACACAUUGCACUCGCCUGCAAUCCCUCCCAGCAUCACUCGGCCAGCUGAAACACCUCUCGUCUCUAGAAAUCAUCAGGUGCGUCUCUCUCUCGCUCCUCCCACCACCGCUCCCUCUUCUUCCGUCCCUCUCGCGCCUGGUAAUUAUCGGUUGCGAGCUUCUAAGGGAGCUUCCUGAGAACCUAGGCACACUGAAGAACCUGCGAUUUCUGAACUUAGGGAUUCAGAUUGAGAGCGUGCCGGAGGGGCUUAGAGAGAUGGUAGGGCUGCAUAGAGUAGGCAUUUGA